GAGAGAGAGAGAGAGGGAAAGAGAAAGAGGUUGCUGCUGGCUAGGGCUCGCUGGUUCGGCUCCUUUCUCCACAAAACCAAUUUGCAGAAGAAGAAGAAGAAGAAGAGGAGAAGAGAGGAAGAUGAGCAUAUGGAACUACGUCGUAACGGCUCACAAGCCCACCAACGUCACCCACUCCUGCGUCGGCAAUUUCACCGCCCCUCAGGAGCUCAAUCUCAUCACUGCGAAAUGUACGCGAAUUGAAAUUCAGCUACUUACUCCUCUGGGACUGCAGCCUAUCUUGGAUGUCCCGAUAUAUGGAAGAAUAGCGACGCUUGAACUUUUCCGGCCUCAUGGUGAAACACAGGAUUUUCUAUUCAUUGCAACAGAAAGAUACAAAUUUUGUGUUCUUCAGUGGGAUGCUGAAGCAUCUGAGCUCAUCACUAGGGCAAUGGGGGAUGUCUCAGAUCGCAUAGGUCGUCCAACAGACAAUGGUCAAAUUGGUAUUAUUGAUCCAGAUUGUAGAUUAAUCGGACUCCAUUUGUAUGAUGGAUUGUUUAAGGUCAUUCCUUUUGAUAAUAAAGGGCAGCUCAAGGAAGCAUUUAAUAUACGGCUUGAGGAACUUCAAGUUUUGGAUAUCAAGUUUCUAUAUGGUUGCUCAAAACCAACAAUUGUAGUCCUAUAUCAGGAUAACAAAGAUGUUCGCCAUGUCAAAACAUAUGAAGUUUCUCUGAAGGAUAAGGAUUUUGUUGAAGGUCCUUGGGCACAGAACAACGUUGAAAAUGGGGCUGAUUUGUUAAUACCAGUUCCUCCGCCGCUCUGUGGUGUUCUUAUUAUCGGAGAAGAUAAUAUUGUUUACCGCAGCCCGAAUACAUUUAAAGCAAUCCCAAUAAGACAUUCCAUCACAAAAGCCUAUGGGAAAGUAGAUGCAGAUGGUUCCAGGUAUUUACUUGGUGAUCAUGCCGGGCUACUUCACCUACUUGUUAUAACGCAUGAGAAAGAAAAGGUGACUGGACUGAAAAUUGAGCUCUUGGGGGAGACAUCAAUUGCAUCUACCAUCUCAUACCUUGAUAAUGCAUUUGUCUAUAUCGGAUCAAGUUAUGGGGAUUCACAGCUUGUAAAGCUGAAUCUACAUCCUGAUGCAAAGGGUUCAUAUGUGGAAGUGUUAGAAAGGUACGUCAAUUUGGGGCCGAUCGUUGACUUUUGUGUGGUUGAUCUUGAGAGGCAAGGCCAGGGUCAGGUUGUAACUUGUUCUGGAGCUUUCAAGGAUGGUUCUCUUCGUGUAGUUCGAAAUGGAAUUGGAAUCAAUGAACAGGCAUCCGUUGAGCUUCAAGGUAUUAAGGGAAUGUGGUCGUUAAGAUCCUCCACUGAUGAUCCUUAUGACACCUUCCUGGUUGUAAGCUUUAUCAGUGAGACAAGGAUUUUGGCAAUGAAUAUUGAGGAUGAGUUGGAAGAAACUGAGAUAGAAGGCUUCUGUUCUCAAGUACAGACUUUAUUUUGCCAUGAUGCUGUCUGUAAUCAACUGGUGCAGGUAACUUCAAGCUCUGUAAGAUUAGUCAGUUCUACAACUAGGGAGCUCAAGCAUGAGUGGAAUGCUCCAGCAGGCUAUUCAAUUAAUGUUGCCACUGCUAAUGCCACCCAGGUUUUAUUGGCGACUGGUGGAAAGCACUUAGUUUAUUUGGAAAUUGGUGAUGGGAUAUUGACAGAGAAAAACCACGCACAGUUAGAUUUUGAGAUAUCAUGCCUUGACAUAAACCCUAUAGGCGACAAUCCCAACUAUAGCCAGCUGGCAGCUGUUGGAAUGUGGACAGAUAUUAGUGUCCAGAUAUAUUCACUUCCUGACCUGAACCGCAUCACAAAGGAACAUUUGGGAGGGGAGAUCAUACCUCGUUCUGUUCUUCUUUGUGCCUUUGAAGGGAUAUCCUACCUAUUGUGUGCCCUAGGAGAUGGGCACCUCUUAAACUUUAUAUUGAACACAAGCACUGGUGAGUUGACGGACAGGAAAAAAGUCUCUCUUGGGACACAGCCCAUUACACUCCGUACCUUCUCAUCCAAGAGUACUACGCAUGUAUUUGCUGCGUCGGAUAGGCCAACUGUCAUAUAUAGUAGCAACAAGAAACUGCUUUACAGCAACGUAAAUCUGAAAGAAGUCAGCCAUAUGUGCCCAUUCAACUCUGCUGCUUUUCCAGAUAGCCUUGCAAUUGCUAAGGAAGGUGAACUUACUAUUGGCACAAUUGAUGACAUCCAGAAGCUUCAUAUUCGCUCUAUUCCCCUAGGUGAGCAUGCGCGUCGUAUCUGUCAUCAGGAGCAGUCCAGGACUUUCGCCAUUUUGAGUGUGAAAUAUAACCAGUCUAGUGCAGAAGACUCAGAAACACACUUCAUCCGAUUGUUAGAUGAUCAGAGUUUCGACCUUGUAACAUAUUAUCAACUGGACGCUUUUGAGUAUGCCUGCUCUAUACUUAGCUGUUCUUUCUCGGAUGACAUGAAUGUAUAUUACUGUGUCGGGACUGCAUAUGUUCUCCCGGAAGAAAAUGAGCCAACCAAGGGCCGCAUUCUGGUUUUCAUUGUUGAAGAUGGGAAGCUGCAGCUCGUCGCUGAGAAGGAAACCAAGGGGUCUGUUUACUCUUUAAAUGCAUUCAAUGGCAAGUUACUUGCUGCUAUUAAUCAAAAGAUACAGUUAUACAAGUGGACUCUGCGGGAUGAUGGUACUCGUGAAUUGCAAUCGGAAUGUGGACAUCAUGGCCACAUACUUGCCCUUUAUGUCCAGACUCGUGGAGAUUUCAUCAUUGUUGGGGAUUUAAUGAAGUCAAUUUCUCUGUUAAUGUACAAGCAUGAGGAAGGUGCCAUUGAGGAGCGAGCCCGUGAUUAUAAUGCAAAUUGGAUGUCUGCUGUAGAGAUCCUCGACGAUGAUGUUUACAUUGGAGCUGAAAAUUUCUUCAACCUCUUCACUGUUCGUAAAAAUAGUGAGGGUGCAACUGAUGAGGAACGGGGCCGCCUUGAGGUUGUAGGUGAGUAUCACCUAGGCGAGUUUGUCAAUAGGUUCCGGCACGGCUCUCUUGUCAUGCGGUUGCCAGACUCUGAUGUGGGCCAGAUUCCAACUGUCAUCUUUGGCACCGUGAAUGGUGUGAUCGGAGUAAUUGCCUCACUUCCUCAAGAGCAAUAUGCAUUUUUGGAGAAGCUCCAGUCAAACUUGAGGAAGGUGAUAAAGGGUGUUGGAGGGUUGAGCCACGAGCAGUGGAGGUCAUUCAGCAACGAGAAGAAAACUGUAGACACCAAAAAUUUCUUGGAUGGCGAUCUGAUAGAAUCGUUCCUUGAUCUAAACCGCAGCAAGAUGGAUGAGAUCUCAAAACAAAUGCGCGUUUCAGUGGAGGAGCUCUGCAAGAGAGUAGAAGAAAUGACGAGGCUGCAUUGAGUUGGGACCACAGUUUAGGUUUCGAUUGCACAUGUGGUACAUAUUGGCACUGUAACUAUGAUCUGUUGUGAAAUACCUGGCUGUGAACUUGGGUUUGAGUUUUACUGUAAAACUAUAACAAGGAAAAAUUGGAUGUUCGUUCUCUUAGUCGGUAUUUUUCUUCGAUUGUAAAGGGCAUGCAAAUGCAAUGCAUUUACAUUUGUGU